UAUAUGAUGAAGUUCAGAGUUUUGUUGUUCAUUUUGUCAACACUAGGCAUCUUUGCUAAAGAUGUCACUAAUAUUCAUGAUUGGGUUUAAAAGAAUAUUUAAUCUUUGGAGAAGUUUAUUUAAGAGACUGAAAUUUCAAGUGAUGUUUUAUUAGGAGUAUAAAAGAAUGAUUAAGGCAAAAAGUAAGUCUAAAUAUAAAAGUAGCUAUUAAAAUUGGAUUUUUUCUACAAACCAUAAAUAGAAUAUAGAAUUAACAGGUGGGGAAGUUAAGAAGACUAAUGCCUUUGGUCCUGAAUCUUAAUAUUUCACAGAAACAACACAAAAUUUAGUCUUUUUAGGAACUUAAGUAAAGGAUAAAGAAUGGAUUAAAAUAUAAAUGAAAAAAAAUAAUGAAGAUUUUGAAAGAAUUGAUAUGUUUACAUAAGAAAACUAUUAAGGUUUCAGUUUAACAAAUUCUAAUAAUGAAGGAACUAUGAAUAGAUUAUUAAUUCUAGAAGAAAAGAAUGAGAUUGUAUCAUUUUAUGAAGAGAAUGGAAAGUCUAUAAUAUAAAUUUCAAAUUUAUCUGAAGGAUAAUACUUAUUUUAUGUUCUUUAUAGUUAAAAUUCAGAAGUUGGUGAUAUUGAAAAGUUAUUUAAUUACAUAGUAAAAAACGUGAUUGAUCUUGAUAAAGAAACAGAUAUAAAAGGAGAAGCAGAUGAAAAAGCAGUUCAAUAAGAUGAUGAUGAUGGAGAAGAAGAAUUAGAUGCAAAUGAUCCUGAAAGUUUGAAAAAAGAAGGAGAGGGUGAAGAAAAUGAGGAAGUUGGUGAAGAAUAAGAAAAAUAAGAAGAAUAGAAAGAUGAAGAAGUAGAAGUAGAAAAUCAUGAAGUAAUACCUGAGGAAGAUUGUCCAGGAGGUGAAGAAAAUGAUACUGUUAAAAAUAAAGUUGAUGUGGAUGGAACAACUUAAUUAAAAUCCCAAUAAGAUUCUAAGAAUGUCAAAAUCUAAACUUCAGAUGAAGGUGUUAAAGAUGAGGAAGAUCCAAAAGCUGAAGAAGAUGCAAAAGCUGAAGAGGAAGCUAAACCAGAAGAAGAAGCUAAACCUGAAGAAACAACUGAAGAAACAGUUGAAGAAGAAAUAAUUGUACCAUAAAAAGCUAGUAAAGUAGGAGGAAAAUCAAGUUUACCACCAAAAGAAGAUGAAUAAAAUGAUGAAAAAAGUGAACCAGAACCACCUUCUGAAGAAUAUUAGAAUUGUGCUGGAGAAGAGUUAGAUACAGUAAAAAAUAAAAGAGAUUUAGAUGAAAGUUUAGAAUCUAAAGAAAAUAGAGUAUUUUAGGCUAAGUAAAUGAAUAUUAAAGAUACAAUUCAUGAAGAAGAAGGUGAAGGAGAUGGAUAAACUAGAGGGGAAGGAGAUGGAUAAACUGGAGAAGAAGGAGAUGGAUAAACUGGAGGUGAAGAAAAAUCUGAUGAAACUGAUGGAUAGACUGAUAGUUAGAAUAAUGGGUAAACNUUAGGAACUUAAGUAAAGGAUAAAGAAUGGAUUAAAAUAUAAAUGAAAAAAAAUAAUGAAGAUUUUGAAAGAAUUGAUAUGUUUACAUAAGAAAACUAUUAAGGUUUCAGUUUAACAAAUUCUAAUAAUGAAGGAACUAUGAAUAGAUUAUUAAUUCUAGAAGAAAAGAAUGAGAUUGUAUCAUUUUAUGAAGAGAAUGGAAAGUCUAUAAUAUAAAUUUCAAAUUUAUCUGAAGGAUAAUACUUAUUUUAUGUUCUUUAUAGUUAAAAUUCAGAAGUUGGUGAUAUUGAAAAGUUAUUUAAUUACAUAGUAAAAAACGUGAUUGAUCUUGAUAAAGAAACAGAUAUAAAAGGAGAAGCAGAUGAAAAAGCAGUUCAAUAAGAUGAUGAUGAUGGAGAAGAAGAAUUAGAUGCAAAUGAUCCUGAAAGUUUGAAAAAAGAAGGAGAGGGUGAAGAAAAUGAGGAAGUUGGUGAAGAAUAAGAAAAAUAAGAAGAAUAGAAAGAUGAAGAAGUAGAAGUAGAAAAUCAUGAAGUAAUACCUGAGGAAGAUUGUCCAGGAGGUGAAGAAAAUGAUACUGUUAAAAAUAAAGUUGAUGUGGAUGGAACAACUUAAUUAAAAUCCCAAUAAGAUUCUAAGAAUGUCAAAAUCUAAACUUCAGAUGAAGGUGUUAAAGAUGAGGAAGAUCCAAAAGCUGAAGAAGAUGCAAAAGCUGAAGAGGAAGCUAAACCAGAAGAAGAAGCUAAACCUGAAGAAACAACUGAAGAAACAGUUGAAGAAGAAAUAAUUGUACCAUAAAAAGCUAGUAAAGUAGGAGGAAAAUCAAGUUUACCACCAAAAGAAGAUGAAUAAAAUGAUGAAAAAAGUGAACCAGAACCACCUUCUGAAGAAUAUUAGAAUUGUGCUGGAGAAGAGUUAGAUACAGUAAAAAAUAAAAGAGAUUUAGAUGAAAGUUUAGAAUCUAAAGAAAAUAGAGUAUUUUAGGCUAAGUAAAUGAAUAUUAAAGAUACAAUUCAUGAAGAAGAAGGUGAAGGAGAUGGAUAAACUAGAGGGGAAGGAGAUGGAUAAACUGGAGAAGAAGGAGAUGGAUAAACUGGAGGUGAAGAAAAAUCUGAUGAAACUGAUGGAUAGACUGAUAGUUAGAAUAAUGGGUAAACUGAUGAUGGAUAAACUAAUGUAUAAACAGAUGAUGGAUAAACUAAUGUAUAAACAGAUGAUGGAUAAACUAAUGUAUAAACAGAUAGUUAAACUGAUGUAUAAACAGAUAGUUAAAAUAAUGGUUAAACUGAUGGUAAGACUGAUGGAACAGAUGAAAAUGAAGGAGUAGAAAAUGGUGCAGAUUAAAAAAAUGAUGUUUAAUCAAUAAAAUAGUCAUUAAAUCAAGGUGUUAGUGGGGAAUAGGAAGUAAAAAAUUUAUAUCAUUAAAAAGGAACCUUGUGUAAUUUUAUAUUCAGAGUGUCAUUACACUGCAGAUGAAUUGAAAUUAUGUGGAACUCAUCCUAUGAUUCCAAACGAUAUGAAAAAUUUUAAAGUGAAAUCAAUCAAAGUGCCUGAGGGUGUUUAAGUGACAUUCUUUAACAAACCUAAUUUUGAUGAUGAGAGAUUACAUGCUAAAGCAGAAAUGGAAUGUCUUGAAACACCAUUAAAAUUGAAUUUACUAGAAUUAAUGAAUAAUCUAAGAAUGUCAAAUUAAGUCAAUAUAAACUCUAUAUCAGUUACAAAAUGA